AUGGCCUCGGAGUCUAACAGCAACGACAUAUUCGAUUGUAUCGUCAUGGCGGAGCAAACUUUCCACGGAGAGGGCUACCAAGAAGGUUUUGAGAAAGGAACAGCCCGAGGUCUCCAGACCGGCCGCAGACACGGAGCUUCUCACGGUGCCAAACUUUCCACCGAGAUUUCCUUUUAUUAUGGAUUUGCCAUCACCUGGAAAAGUCUUCUUCAGCACAGAACGGAGCCCAAACUAAAGAAACGCCUUAAAGUUGUCGAAAGUCUUUUGGGUUUGAUCCAAAAUUCCAGCUUGGAGGACCCCAAGUCCGAAAAACUGAAGGAGGGGAUGGAGAAGCUCCGAAGCAAAUUUAAACAAGUCUGCUCCGUCCUCGGCCUCCAGACUGAUUUUAAGGACUACACUAAAACGACGGACGGAGCUUCUUUCUAG